UAAAGAAUAUGAGUUUGGAGCAUACACACCUGGAUUUGAAUUCCGGUUCUGGUACUUAUUGGCUGUGUAACCUUGGAGACAUGCCCUGCUCGGUGGGGGAGGAGGAGUGGACCACCACCCCCGUCCCCCAGACCAUCACGGAGCUCUUCCAAAAUGGGAACCGGACGAUGGAGAACCCCUCCCCCGCCUGCCAGUGUAGCAGCGACAGAAUCAAGAAUAUGCUGCCCGUGUGUCCCCUGGGGGCUGGGGGGCUGCCUCCUCCACAGGCCUUCCCUGACCAGGGAUUGAACCCAGGCCCCCUGAAGUGGAAGCAUAGUGUCCUAACCACUGGACUGCCAGGAAACUCCCUCUCCGACCCCUUUCAAUAG